CGGUUCAACAGAGAGGAACUCAGGAAGAAUUACCCCGACAUGCACGAGUACCUGGUGAAAUAUCACCAAGGAGGAGUACAGGAUGCACUGGUCAGCCUCAAAGCAGGUAAACUGGAUGCCUUCAUCUAUGAUGCUGCUGUGUUGAACUACGCUGCUGGCAGAGACGAUGGCUGUAAGCUGGUCACCAUCGGCAGCGGGUACAUCUUCGCCACCACCGGCUACGGCAUCGCUCUGCAGAAAGGGUCGCACUGGAAACGACAGGUGGACCUGGCUAUACUGGCCAUCAUAGGAGAUGGUGAGAUGGAGGAGUUGGAGGCUAUCUGGCUAACGGGGAUCUGUCACAAUGAGAAGAACGAGGUGAUGUCCAGUCAGCUGGAUAUAGACAACAUGGCCGGAGUGUUUUACAUGCUGGCUACAGCCAUGGGCCUGUCUCUAAUUACCUUCAUAUCAGAACACCUCUUCUACUGGAGGCUGAGAUACUGUUUCACUGGAGUCUGUAACGGACGACCUGGUCUGCUCUUCACCAUCAGCAGGGGUAUCUGGUCUUGUGUCCACGGGGUCCAUAUAGAGUUAAAGAAGAAGCCUCCGGAGUUGGACUUCUCUCCUCAGGCCAACAUGUUACACCUUCUGAAGUCAGCUAAGAAGAUCACCCUGUCUUCUUCAUCUCCUAAACGUUCCCCGGCCCUGCUGCAGCCUGGUAUCAUCAACAUGAUGAAAGGUAACUCUGUCGUCAGUCUGUCUCCUAAAGGCCAGGGUGGUCUCUAUAGCAACACUUCCACGCUACAGGGCUUCCUGGGUCGGCACAAAGACCUGCUGAAUAACUCAUCCCCAGGCCCGUACCCUGGGAAACCCAAACCCCACCCCCUCAGCCUCAACGACGUAGAGGUCAGCGUUACCGCCGACAACGGGAAACCCCACCCCCCCGGCCUGGCCGGCCCCGCUUCCAAACCCCGCGCCCUAUGGAAGAAGAGCGUGGAGACGCUGAAACAAGGACCAAUCCCGUUGUCCGGUCCCUCCGGUGGUCCCGCCCCCGGAUCCGCUGGCUCCGCCUCUGUCCCGGGCCAUGCAACAAUGAAGAGCCAGCGUUACCUCCCUGAAGACCCGCCCCAUUCCGACAUCUCCGAGUGUUCCAGCCGGCCCCCCUCCUACAUGGAAUCCGAUCUGGGGGGGCCCAGGAUGGGGAUGGGGGGGUUCAAACCCGCAAAAGACGGGCUGAAGAAACGCCCGGUGGGGGGGGUAGGAGGUAUAGGAGGAGGAGGCGGCAGUGGGAGGAGUCACGAGAAGAUCUAUUCCAUAGACUCAGACCAGGCCAGUCUACACUCCGCCCCGCUCUACCAGAGAGACAGCCUCCAGGAACCCCCCGAUGUCACUCACACGCACUCCGACCUCAGACACUCUCACUCGGAGCACUCCAACGCCGUGGACGCUUCCAUCCUGCAGCUGAGCGCCAGUCUGCUGCACCACAGCCACUCUGCCGACGCUGACCUCCACUCUCUGAAGGACAAGAAGUACAGCACCUACAAACACACCAGCACUGGAGCUGCCUCCUCAGGCAAAGACAAGAGCAAUGGUUCCUACGAUGCCCCAGGGGGCCAGAGACAGACCCAUUGCCGGUCCUGUCUAGGGAAGUUAUCAGGUUACUCUGGUCUGUACACAGUCCGCUCCCCUCAGAACCGCUGUGAUGCCUGCAUCCACCUGGGAAACCUCUACGACAUCAGUGAAGACCAGCUGCAGUACCAGACCUAUUCACAGGCACACGCACACUCCCCAAACGCACACUCCCCACACGCACACUCUCCACACGCACACUCCCCACACGCACACUCUCCACACGCACACUCCCCACAUGCACACACACACACCCAGCACACACACCCUCACUCUGGCGGGGACAUGUUCACCCACUACCUGCCUCAGAGCGAGCUGGGUCUGGUGGGCGAGGGUGAUGGGUUGGUGAGUCACUACCUCCCCCCUGCCGGAACCUCCCCCCCAGGAUCUCACCUCUCCACCCAGCUCAGCCGACAGCCCUCCUACGAGAACGUCCCUGAGAAGCAGCAGCAGCAGCGUCGGGGGGGCGGCAGGGAGUCAGAGCGGCAGCAGAGUCAGUUCAGAGGGUUCAGUCUGCCAGACAGGGACAACAGCAGAGAUAACAACAGCUUUGGUCUCCUGGAGGAUAGUCCCUAUGCUAACGUCCUCACCAUGCGCUCUGACCGACCCUACUCCUCCUCCCCCCUCAACCACUCUCUGGAUCCCGUCCUGCCCCUCCCCCUGCCCCUCCCCCGCCGCUCCAAGUCCCUGUACCCCGACCGGCCCUCCCAUAACCCCUUCCUGCAGGGCGGAGGGGGGACGGGGCAGCGAGGAGAGAACAGCCUGGCCGCAGCACAGCGCCUGGCACAUGGCCGCUCCGCCACCGACCUCUACAAACAACUAGUCCCCCUGGCGAUGACGCUCGGCAACCACCACGGGCAUCCCCACGGCAACCACCAGGAGUUCUUCUACCCCGUGGCCUCAGAGACGGCCGUGAUGUCGUACGUGAUGGCUCCGCCCGCCGUGGCGGCCCAGCAGCCAAUCGGCUACGUGACGGCUCCCCGGGCCUCCAGCGCCGGUGGAAACAGGCCACGCCUCUACCGACGCAUGCCCAGCAUCGAGUCCGACGUCUGAGACACACACACGGGAGAGAGAUUGUGUGUGCUGGUGUUAGGGACAAAUCUGACUUAACAAACACACACACACACAGCUGAACAGAACAGUCCUAGUCCUCAGUGUUUUCUAUGAGGAGUUAAACCGCCUUCAUAAACCACUAAUACUAUACAACCUAUAAACAGGUGGUCUACCACUGACUUAACAGGAGAUUAGAGGAGAGGAGAGGAGAGGAGAGGAGGGGAGGGGAGGGGAGAGG